AUACAUUCAGCUCAGAGUGCAACGGAGAAUAUCCAACUCGGACUGCAACUUUGACAAUGGUCAAAGUAAAGGUUAAUAUCGUACGCGAAGGAAGUUUUACUUGACAUGCAGCCAGGCGAUUACAGGAACGCAUUAUAUACAGGAUACGCAACACAACCGAAUCUGAUAACUUAUGGAACACCCUGUAGACCGUUUGUUUGCGCAACGGGAGAAGUGAUAUAUAUGAUACUGCUGUGCGAACUGCAGACGUACAAGAAAAACGAAGGAACAAGAAGCAGCUGCGAGAAGGGAAGAAGGAUGAGCAAGCAUACAGUAGAGGGGGUAGAGCCGAGAGUCAACGUAAGAGAGUGGAGAGAGAAGAUUGUACGAGGAACAGACGAUGAGACAGAGUCAGGAAAAAGGAAGAGGAAGAGACCAAGGCUGAGAGAAGUCAGCAGGGGAAGAAACGAUGGAGGGAAGGAUGGACCAGGGAUGAAGGUGCAGAGAGAACGCAGUGGCCACGUAAGCCCCUUGAUGGCUUAAACCUCGUUUAAAUGUUCGCUUGACUACUAACCAUCGUUCAGACCCAGAGAACCACCCCCUGCCCCCCCCCCCUACCACGUCAAUUAAAAAGGCGUCGGUUGGCGUCCCAAGAAAUUGCAUCACGUACCAUACCCAUUAAUACAAGAUGAAACUUAUCCAAUUGACGGUGUAAGAAAAUACGGUC